AGAAAGUUCACACUUCAACUUGCUCGUUCUUUUCUAAUCCUGCCGCAGCAACUACAUCAACUCCUGCGCGCCAGAUUUUACGCCAUCAACAAAAUUAUCUACAUUUCGAAUACUACACCGAGCCGUUUUGCGACAAGCCCGUAUAUAUCACAAUGUCUUUCGUACUGCCACACUUGGAGACCGGCUGGCACGUCGACCAAGCUAUCCUUAGCGAAGAAGAGCGCCUGGUAGUCAUCAGGUUUGGCAGAGAUGGCAGCAGUGCGUGUAUGCGACAAGAUGAGGUGCUCUACCGCAUCGCCGACAAGGUCAAGAACUUUGCAGUCAUCUACGUUUGCGACAUCGAGAAGGUCCCCGACUUCAACACAAUGUACGAGCUUUACGACGAGUGCACCCUCAUGUUCUUCUUCCGCAACAAGCACAUGAUGAUCGAUCUGGGCACCGGUGACAACAACAAGAUCAAGUGGGUGCUGGAAGACAAGCAGGAGCUCAUCGACAUUAUCGAGACGGUAUAUCGGGGUGCGAAGAAGGGCCGUGGUCUGGUGGUCAGCCCCAAGGACUAUUCCACGAGACAUCGGUACUAAGGUGGCUGGACAUGAGGUAAAGGGCUUGGCUUUGGGGAGAGAUUGUGGCUUACGUUUAGGAACCAACGGUCUCUGGUUACUUUGGGCGAGGUGGCGAUAUUGAGGCAGUUGGAGAUAUACCCGGGAUCAUGAAAGGCAAGCAGGAAUGAUUCAGUCAAGAUAGCGGAAGAAUGCUAAUGCUUUCAGAAAAAUGGAUGAGGUCUCCCCCCUGGUGCAGAUUGCUCGCUACCCUUUCGAGUAGGUAAGCCGUAGGUCUAUGCUGAGAUGCUGACUUGGCGCAUGUUUGGAGUUGCAGCACAGUCUUGGCCUGGAAGAAGUGUGAGUCCUCACAACUUUGCAUCCUCAAGGUAUUGUAUGACGAUAAACCAUUGGAAUGUAGUGAAGCGCAUUUACAUGUGCCCCCAAAUAAUAUCCAUACAAGUUCUUAUCACGACCUUCUCGCGGGGGAUCGC